AUGUCGAACGGGUAUAAGCGCGAGCGCUGGGAUGAAGAAAGCGGUGACCACUACCACCAACAUGCCGUCCGCUACAGUGAUCUACCGCCCAAUGUAAAACUCCAGAGGCGACGGCAGGAGCGGCAGGAGAAGAAGGAGAAGGAGCGCACUCUCGCCUACUUCACAUCGGUUCAUCGUGCUCUUGAGGAGCAGUCAGCGGAGACUUUAGUUGCCUUCGUCGAUGGGUUUUUCGUUGAGCUAAUCAAACUUCUGCGUGCCGACACCUCGCUUCACCUACUUCGAAACGGUACCGUCUGCCGUACCAUUGAAGCUGCUCUGGCCAGCUCACAAUUGCUACACUGCAAGUCAUUAUUAUACAUACUUCUCGGCCACGUGUACGACCUUGCAGCCUCCCCAACGGCAAGUCGCACGCUAGAAGCAAUAAUUGCCAGCAUUGUGCGAGGUGUUAGUGUAUUUCGCAGAACCGACAGCAGCGCAUUCUCAGCGGAGAUGGAGGAGGGAGGUGCUUCCAGUAACGGUGUGCCCAGUGCGUCAACCCUCAUAACGUGUGUUGUCGAAGAACUCGCGGAGCGAGCAGGAGAGGUGCUGCUACACGACGCUGCCGCGCGUGCCGUAAGGUCAAUCAUAUUAUUUCUUGGUGGUUUUUGGAACUCUACAGGCACUGCAUCGUCCCUGCCACACGGUGUAAAAUUCUACGCACAACUUGAUACUCUUGGUACCGCCCUUAUGUGUGUCGUUGAACCGACGUUUGGUGUUAGCUGCGGCGAUGGAGUGGCGAAUAUUUGGCUUCAGGUGGCGAAAACUCCAACUGCAAGUUUCGUCGUUCAGAGUCUUCUUCGUGUGUGUGAACGAGAGACGAAACUGGAUGCAAGUGUGCGACAACGCUUGGAGGUCAUUCACAACGACGGUUCACAGUUGUUGAGACAGCUUCUUAUGGAUCCGCUGGGUUGCCAUCUUUUCCAAGCUUACUUAAGAGUCCCUGUACCAGCAUCGGUGCUGAAGGAUUACGAUUCGUUCUCAAGCUACCAGUGCUCCGGAACUGCACCGACUUCGUCGGGAAGUGGAAAGCGUUUUAUUAAAAUGUUACGCGACGUUGCCGCCGAAGAACCCCCAAACCCCGAUGAGUUGGCGCACGAAAAGACAUGUUGGGACAAAGCCCUUGCGAUUGUCGUCGAGGCCCUCGAUGAUUUGCUGGACCCAGCUGGCAGCUCCGUCGGUCAUGCAGUUUUCGCCCUACAGGAUCUUGUGCUCUUCGCCCCCACUGCCGUGCAUUUGGAACGCGUGUGGGAGCAGCUCCUGGAGCGCAUCGGUUUACGGACGCUCUUAGCGUCGCCGAAGUUAGUGCAGGUCCUGAUCGUGUUCACUCGUAAGUGUGCCUUUUCGAACCCCUUGCCGACUGUGGUGGAGAGUGAAGAUCGUUCAGCGGAAGCGGCGCCGUUGGAAGGCGGGUUUGUCGGAGAUAUGGUUCCUAAGGAUGUGGAGCAGUCGAUAUACAAUGACCUGUCGCAGGGUGUGAGGUACUUUCCUACCUCUACGGAAUUUCAAAAAAAAGUCUUAACCGCAUUGCUUCGGGUGGCACGUGAACUCUGCCCCAAAGGGGCUGCGCAAUUCCUGUUGGUGGAUGGUGGAUUGCAGGACAAAGGUUUUGAAUUGGCACGGUACAUAAUGCAUUUUGUGCCGGCGGCUUCAGCUGUGUUCCUUCACGCAAUCGAGCGUUUGCGUCGCUCAGAUGUUGAGACAUUGUUAUACCACCCGAAGGGUAGUUUGGUAUUUCAGCAGUUCCUUCGUGCUGGAGCCGCGCACCAUCCACAAGGAAAGAAAGGAGGUGAGCAACAGCAAGAACAACAACGGGUGGAGACGAUGAUCCCAUUGAGUUUCAUGCGACGUAUCUCCCCACUUCUGCCACGGUUGGUGGUUAAUACGUACGCCGCGUACGUGAUAGAGGUGCUAUACGAUGUUGGGAGCUUUGAGGUGAAAGAAGAGCUCGUCAAGGCACUUUUGCCAAUAUACAAUGAGAUGAAACGUAGCCAUGAGGAGAAACAACGAGAGGUUAGAGAAGCAGCGAGCCGAAAUGAUCCAUCCGCUAACCCAAACAACUUUCACAUGUCAGAAUUUAUCACACGGAAAGUAAUGACAAAGUGUCUUGUAGAGAUGUACUCCCAUAGGCCUGAUGAUUGGGCGAAGCUCGCGAGACGGCAGUGCCAGGUUCAGCGGCUUUUGCAACGUAUGUCUUCUGUAGCAUUUUGA